CAACCAGUGGAGGUUGACUGAGAAGUGAGAACUGACCACUCAGCCCCUUCUCCAUCUUCAUAACACUCUCUCACAUCUACCAUUAUACCCUUCUUAUCCACAUUUAUGGCUCACAGAAGAACUUGCAUUGUUAUGUUGUACACCUUGUUAGCAGUGAACAUAGCUCAAGAAGCUGGAGCAACAAUGGUGUUCCAAAAUGUAACACUACCUGGCCAACACCCUUCACCAGAGAUUGUUGUUCAAGAUCUUCAAAGGAGGGUAAAUACGUCCAUUUCACGAAGACAAAUGCUAUCAUACGCCACCGAUGACUCAUCAUCCUCAUGUUUAUCGGGUAACCCAAUCGACGACUGCUGGCGGUGCGACCCCAACUGGCACCUAAACCGCCAACGCUUAGCCGAUUGCGGCAUUGGCUUCGGCCAAUACGCACUCGGCGGCAAAGGCGGCCGUUACUACGUUGUAACCGACUCCUCCGACCACGACGCGGUCAACCCCCGCCCCGGAACCCUCCGGUACGCCGUCAUCCAAACCGAACCGCUAUGGAUCGUCUUCCCAACCAACAUGCACAUCCAACUAUCACAAGAACUCAUCUUCAACAGCUUCAAAACCCUCGACGGCCGCGGCGCCAACGUCCACAUAACCGGCGGAGGCUGCAUUACCCUCCAGUUCAUCACCAACAUCAUUAUCCACAACAUUCAUAUCCACCAUUGUUACCCAUCCGGUAACACGAACAUCCGGUCCAGCCCGACCCAUUACGGGUACCGAACAAAGUCGGAUGGUGACGGGAUAUCCGUUUUCGGGUCACGUGACAUUUGGAUCGAUCAUUGCUCGUUGUCACAUUGCAAAGAUGGUCUUGUUGAUGUUAUUAUGGGGUCUACUGGAAUAACUAUAUCGAAUAACUUGUUUUCGCAUCAUGAUGAGGUGAUGUUGCUCGGACAUAGUGAUGAUUAUUUGCCGGAUUCCGGGAUGCAAGUGACCAUUGCGUUUAACCAUUUUGGAGAGAAGUUGGUGCAGCGAAUGCCCCGGUGCCGAAGAGGGUAUAUACAUGUUGUUAAUAAUGUGUAUAGCCGGUGGGAGAUGUACGCGAUCGGAGGGAGUGGGAAUCCGACGAUUAAUAGUCAGGGUAACCGGUAUACUGCUCCGGCUAAUCCCAAUGCAAAAGAGGUGACAAAGAGGGUAGAUACACCAGACCAGCACUGGAAGGGGUGGAACUGGAGGAGUGAAGGGGAUAUUCUAAUGAACGGAGCUUUCUUUGUGCCGUCAGGCGAAGGGUUAGAGCUUAAGUAUGAGAAAGCCUACAGUGUCGAACCUAAAUCGGCGGCCUUGAUCGACCAACUCACCAUGAAUGCAGGUGUACUCGGUAGCAGGAGUAAUAAGCUUGGAAAGUGGACCGGUGGUGAUGGUAACGGUGAUGGAGGUGUAGAUGAUAGUGAAAAUGAUUAUGGUGAAGAUAGUGAUGGGGCUUCUAAGCUAAAUUCUAUGAGUUUUAUUUCGUCUUUGUUAGUUGUGUUGUUAUCAUUCAUGUUUUUGUGUUCUUCGUCCGAUCAAAUUGUGUUACUGUGACGACAAAACAUCUGGGAAAAAGUUCUCUAGAAUGAUAUUGAAUUAACAAGGGAUUCUGGUUUAUGUUUUC